CCUCCCACCGCAUUGCUAGGAUGCUUUUUGGGCAAAGUGAAUGGAACCCCCCGCGAAACUCAGGGCAAAGGGCUAGGUGAGGGCAGCGGCUUCACUGAGGCUUCACUUCCUCGCUGGGCAUGCGCACAGGCUUGGCACAUGCUCAUUCCGGCCGCACGAGGGGCUCUGGGCAUGUGCAGAAGCGAAAUGGGUACAUUCUGAAGCAGGGCAGUUUCAGCUAUGACACCUGCAGCAUGUGCCAGGAGCUGCAGCAGCAGCAGCAACAGCAGCAGCAGCAGCAGCAGCCUGUGCGCGGUGCAUCUUUCUCUCUCCAGAGCGGUAAAUAUCAGCUGAUCCUCUGUGACAGCAGCAACAGCAAGAGCAGCAGGAGCAGGAGAAGCCAGCAACCCACAGAGCUUUUCUGGAGAAUGAUUGAAGACUGUGGGAAAAGAGGAACCACCAUGGCAGAAAGGAGACAGCUGUUUGCAGAAAUGCGGGCUCAAGAUCUGGAUCGCAUCCGUUUGUCCACCUACAGAACAGCAUGUAAGCUUAGAUUUGUACAGAAGAAAUGCAACUUGCACUUAGUGGAUAUUUGGAAUGUAAUAGAAGCAUUGCGGGAAAAUUCAUUGAACAACCUGGAUCCGAACAUAGAACUGAAUGUGGCUCGAAUUGAAGCUGUCCUGUCCACAGUUUUUUACCAACUGAACAAACGCAUGCCAACUACCCACCAGAUCAACGUAGAGCAAUCCAUCGGCUUACUACUCAACUUCCUGCUGGCAGCUUUUGAUCCAGAAGGACAUGGAAAAAUGUCUGUCUUUGCUAUCAAAAUGGCCUUGGCAACACUUUGUGGGGGAAAGAUCAUGGACAAAUUGAGAUAUAUUUUCUCAAUGAUUUCAGACACCAGCGGUGUAAUGGUUUAUGGUAAAUAUGACAUGUUUCUGCGAGAAGUCCUUAAACUACCCACGGCGGUCUUUGAAGGUCCUUCUUUUGGAUACACAGAGCAGUCAGCAAAAUCCUGUUUUUCUCAACAGAAAAAAGUCACACUGAAUGCUUUUUUGGACACACUCAUGUCUGAUCCUCCACCGCAAUGCCUGGUCUGGUUACCACUUCUUCAUCGAUUGGCAAAUGUUGAGAAUGUCUUCCACCCUGUCGAGUGUUCCUACUGCCAUAGCGAGAGCAUGAUGGGAUUUCGCUAUCGAUGCCAGCAGUGUCACAAUUACCAGCUCUGUCAAGAUUGCUUCUGGAGGGGACAUGCCAGCGGUUCCCAUAGCAACCAGCACCAAAUGAAAGAAUACACGUCAUGGAAAUCACCUGCUAAGAAGCUAACUAAUGCACUUAGCAAGUCUUUAAGCUGUGCUUCCAGCCGUGAACCUUUGCACCCAAUGUUCCCUGACCAGCCUGAAAAACCUCUAAACUUGGCUCAUAUUGUAGAUACCUGGCCUCCCAGACCAGUCACCAGCAUGAAUGACACAUUGUUCUCCCACUCUGUUCCCUCAGGAAGCCCUUUCGCAAACAGAAGGUUACUUGAGGGUAUAAAUGUAGCCAGUCCUGUGGCUGAUGAGCACUCUCUUAUAAAGCUGUAUGUAAAUCAGCUUCACAACAAUUUACGCUCUCCUUACAAGAAUAAUGAAGUAGAGCAGAACAAAUUGCUGGCUAGGGCUGCUCCAGCUUUUUUGAAAGGCAAAGGGUUACAGUAUAGCCUCGAUGUUGCAGACAGGCUGGCUGAUGAACAUGUUCUCAUUGGGUUGUAUGUCAACAUGCUCCAGAACAACCCCUCACGUUUGCUCGACAGCCCAAAUCGUCUAGAUGAGGAGCACAAACUGAUCGCAAGGUAUGCAGCAAGACUGGCAGCUGAGACUACUUCAUCACAACUGCAACAGCAGCCACAACAGAGAGGUGCUCCAGAUAUCUCAUUCUCUAUUGAUGCUAAUAAGCAACAAAGACAGCUUAUUGCAGAACUUGAAAAUAAGAACAGAGAAAUCUUACAAGAGAUUCACAGGCUGCGACUUGAACAUGAGCAGGCAUCCCAACCCACUCCAGAGAAGGCAGCACAGAAUCCUACUCUCCUGGCAGAACUUCGGCUCCUGAGGCAGAGGAAGGAUGAGCUUGAACAGAGGAUGUCGGCUCUUCAGGAAAGCCGGAGAGAACUCAUGGUUCAGUUAGAAGGCCUCAUGAAACUGCUAAAGGAAGAAGAACUGAAGCAGGGAACCCAAGGGGCAGGCUCCCCACGCUCUUCUCCCAGCCACACUAUCAGCCGGCCUAUUCCUAUGCCCAUCAGAUCUGCAUCUGCCUGCUCAACUCCAGCCCACACACCUCAGGACUCUCUGACAGGCGUGGGAGGAGAUGUGCAGGAAGCCUUUGCGCAAGGUUCAAGAAGAAAUUUAAGGAAUGACUUGCUGGUAGCAGCAGAUUCAAUCACCAACACUAUGUCUUCUCUGGUGAAAGAACUGAACUCAGAAGUUGGAAGUGAGACAGAGAGUAAUGUGGAUUCUGAGUUUGGUCGGACUCAUUUUGAUGACCUUGUUCCAUCGCCAACUUCUGAAAAGGCUUUCCUUGCGCAGAUUCAUGCCCGGAAGCCAGGAUACCUUCACAGUGCAGCUGCCUCUGGCACCAUCCGCAGUGAUAUGGUUACAGAAGAUGGAGACCCUUACGUUAGAGCAGAUGAUGAGAACUAUGAAAAUGACUCUGUUCGCCAGCUAGAACAUGAGCUCAAGAUGGAGGAAUAUUUGAAACAAAAGCUGCAGGAUGAAGCUUAUCAGGAAAGCUGCAGUCAAAUGGACAAUGAAAGUGACAGAAGAGAGGAGGAGGAGGAGGAGGAGAGCUGCACUCAGACGGAUGACAGAGAGAGCCUGGCUGCCAGCUUCACAGAAGAAGAAGAACAACAACACAUGCAGCCCCUCUGACAUAAGAUAACCAACUAGUUUUGAAGACUGUAGCACAGUAUUUUUGUUCUACCAGUUGUAGUUUGUAGGUGUUUGUUUUGAAGAGAAAAAAAGACUUUUUAUUUAAAGCUAACUUAUAUCAGCUACAUUCUAUGUAACAUAGCUCAUUACUGGUGAAGAACACAGGCUGAAACAAAAUGCCGUUAUUACAGUUAAUGGCAGUACUAACAAAACACCUAAGCCCUUUGCACAUAAUGUCGAACCUCUUCAGUUUACAAUGACAAUAUUAAUACUGUUUAUAUUAGGAGUUUGGUUUCUGAAUAGUUUGAGAUUUUAGAACACUUUCCUACACUGUACAUUGUUUUUCCACAGAGGAAAUUUUAAAAAGCUACAAAUGAUGCAUUUAACACUGAAUGAAUAUACUCCUGAGUGUACAUAUUUAUAGCCCAGGCGCUAGAUUAUGGCUGCAAUCCUCCACCCAGCUGCAUGUGCUGAAUCCCGCCAGUAUCAGUGGGACUUCAGUACACAUGUCCAGCUGCAGGAUUGCAGGCUUAGAUUGCAAUUUGUUUUACAGUCUUUCUGCAAAAAAGAAAAAAAGAAACGAAAAAAGACUUGUACAAAAUGCACUAAGAAGUAUCUCUAUGACUUAGGGCUACUACAUAACUUAGGAAUGUUUUCUUUCAAAGUAAUCUUAACAAAUCAGCCAUAGAAGUUAGUGUAAAUAUUUUCUUUUCAAAUAGAUAUCAUAUACAAAAGGCAACAUUCAAAUGAUAUAGAAUCUAGUUUUUAAAAUCAGCACAGAUCUUCUUAAAACUGUGAACUAUGUUUUGAAAUACUCGUUGCUAAAGCUGUUUAUAAACCACAGGUGCCAUAAAAUCCCUAAACUAA